AUGGACGUGGACGUGGACGUGGACGUGGACGUGGACGUGGACGUGGACAUGGACGUGGACGUGGACGUGGACGUGGACGUGGACGUGGACGUGGACGUGGACGUGGACGUGGACGUGGACGUGGACAUGGACGUGGACGUGGACGUGGACAUGGACGUGGACGUGGACAUGGACGUGGACGUGGACGUGGACGUGGACAUGGACGUGGACGUGGACAUGGACGUGGACAUGGACGUGGACAUGGACGUGGACGUGGACGUGGACGUGGACGUGGACGUGGACGUGGACGUGGACGUGGACGUGGACGUGGACAUGGACGUGGACGUGGACGUGGACGUGGACAUGGACGUGGACGUGGACGUGGACAUGGAAGUGGACGUGGACGUGGACGUGGACGUGGACGUGGACGUGGACAUGGACGUGGACGUGGACAUGGACGUGGACGUGGACGUGGACGUGGACGUGGACGUGGACGUGGACGUGGACGUGGACAUGGACGUGGACGUGGACGUGGACGUGGACGUGGACGUGGACGUGGACGUGGACGUGGACGUGGACGUGGACGUGGACGUGGACGUGGACGUGGACGUGGACAUGGACGUGGACGUGGACGUGGACAUGGACGUGGACGUGGACGUGGACAUGGACGUGGACGUGGACGUGGACGUGGACGUGGACGUGGACAUGGACGUGGACGUGGACGUGGACAUGGACGUGGACGUGGACGUGGACGUGGACAUGGACGUGGACGUGGACGUGGACGUGGACGUGGACGUGGACGUGGACGUGGACAUGGACGUGGACGUGGACGUGGACGUGGACAUGGACGUGGACGUGGACGUGGACGUGGACGUGGACGUGGACGUGGACGUGGACGUGGACGUGGACGUGGACGUGGACGUGGACGUGGACGUGGACGUGGACAUGGACGUGGACGUGGACGUGGACAUGGACGUGGACGUGGACGUGGACGUGGACGUGGACGUGGACGUGGACGUGGACCUGGACGUGGACGUGGACGUGGACUUGGACUUGGACGUGGACGUGGACGUGGACAUGGACGUGGACGUGGACGUGGACGUGGACGUGGACGUGGACAUGGACGUGGACGUGGACGUGGACGUGGACGUGGACGUGGACGUGGACGUGGACAUGGACGUGGACGUGGACGUGGACGUGGACGUGGACUUGGACGUGGACAUGGACGUGGACGUGGACGUGGACGUGGACAUGGACGUGGACGUGGACGUGGACAUGGACGUGGACGUGGACGUGGACAUGGACGUGGACGUGGACGUGGACAUGGACAUGGACGUGGACGUGGACGUGGACGUGGACGUGGACAUGGACAUGGACGUGGACGUGGACGUGGACAUGGACGUGGACGUGGACGUGGACGUGGACAUGGACGUGGACGUGGACGUUGACGUGGACAUGGACGUGGACGUGGACGUGGACGUGGACGUGGACAUGGACGUGGACGUGGACGUGGACGUGGACGUGGACGUGGACAUGGACGUGGACGUGGACGUGGACAUGGACAUGGACGUGGACGUGGACGUGGACAUGGACGUGGACGUGGACGUGGACGUGGACAUGGACGUUGACGUGGACGUGGACGUGGACGUGGACAUGGACGUGGACGUGGACGUGGACAUGGACGUGGACAUGGACGUGGACGUGGACGUGGACGUGGACGUGGACAUGGACGUGGACGUGGACGUGGACAUGGACGUGGACGUGGACGUGGACGUGGACGUGGACGUGGACAUGGACGUGGACGUGGACGUGGACAUGGACGUGGACGUGGACGUGGACGUGGACAUGGACGUGGACGUGGACGUGGACAUGGACGUGGACGUGGACAUGGACGUGGACGUGGACGUGGACGUGGACAUGGACGUGGACGUGGACAUGGACGUGGACAUGGACGUGGACAUGGACGUGGACGUGGACGUGGACGUGGACGUGGACGUGGACGUGGACUGGACGUGGACGUGGACGUGGACGUGGACGUGGACAUGGACGUGGACGUGGACAUGGACGUGGACGUGGACGUGGACGUGGACGUGGACGUGGACGUGGACGUGGACGUGGACAUGGACGUGGACGUGGACGUGGACGUGGACUUGGACGUGGACGUGGACGUGGACGUGGACGUGGACGUGGACGUGGACGUGGACGUGGACGUGGACGUGGACAUGGACGUGGACGUGGACGUGGACAUGGACGUGGACGUGGACGUGGACGUGGACGUGGACGUGGACGUGGACCUGGACGUGGACGUUGACGUGGACUGGACGUGGACGUGGACGUGGACGUGGACAUGGACGUGGACGUGGACGUGGACGUGGACGUGGACGUGGACAUGGACGUGGACGUGGACGUGGACGUGGACGUGGACGUGGACGUGGACGUGGACGUGGACGUGGACGUGGACGUGGACAUGGACGUGGACGUGGACGUGGACGUGGACGUGGACGUGGACAUGGACGUGGACGUGGACGUGGACGUGGACAUGGACGUGGACGUGGACAUGGACGUGGACAUGGACGUGGACAUGGACGUGGACGUGGACGUGGACGUGGACGUGGACGUGGACGUGGACGUGGACGUGGACGUGGACGUGGACGUGGACAUGGACGUGGACGUGGACGUGGACGUGGACAUGGACGUGGACGUGGACGUGGACAUGGAAGUGGACGUGGACGUGGACGUGGACGUGGACGUGGACGUGGACAUGGACGUGGACGUGGACAUGGACGUGGACGUGGACGUGGACGUGGACGUGGACGUGGACGUGGACGUGGACGUGGACAUGGACGUGGACGUGGACGUGGACGUGGACGUGGACGUGGACGUGGACGUGGACGUGGACGUGGACGUGGACGUGGACGUGGACUGGACGUGGACGUGGACAUGGACGUGGACGUGGACGUGGACAUGGACGUGGACGUGGACGUGGACAUGGACGUGGACGUGGACGUGGACGUGGACGUGGACGUGGACAUGGACGUGGACGUGGACGUGGACAUGGACGUGGACGUGGACGUGGACGUGGACAUGGACGUGGACGUGGACGUGGACGUGGACUUGGACGUGGACGUGGACGUGGACAUGGACGUGGACGUGGACGUGGACGUGGACAUGGACGUGGACGUGGACGUGGACGUGGACGUGGACAUGGACGUGGACGUGGACGUGGACGUGGACGUGGACGUGACGUGGACAUGGACGUGGACGUGGACGAAGACGUGGACGUGGACGUGGACGUGGACGUGGACGUGGACGUGGACGUGGACAUGGACGUGGACGUGGACGUGGACAUGGACGUGGACGUGGACGUGGACGUGGACGUGGACGUGGACGUGGACGUGGACGUGGACAUGGACGUGGACGUGGACGUGGACGUGGACGUGGACGUGGACGUGGACGUGGAAGUGGACGUGGACGUAG